AUGAAUCAUUGGGAAAAAACCGUAAAAGAAUUGAUUAAUGCUCUUUUAGAGGAAUACCAACCAACAUUAGCAACUCUUCCAACUACAUAUCUCUCUCUUGAUAAGCUACUCGAACCACCUUCUAGAGAAGCAAAAACCAUCUCAAAUGAUUUCUUAUUAUAUCGUAAAGAUUGCAACGCACGUGUCAAAUCAACACAGAGACUUGUUCAUCAAGUUGACUUGUCCACUAUAGUUCAAAAUUCAUGGAAAACUGAAACACACGAAGUAAAAGGUUUAUAUAAAAUGCUUGCGGGUAUUUUAUUGCAAGCUACGCAAAAUGCGCGAGCUCAAUUCGACCGAGAAGAAGUUUUAAAACGAUCAAAGAAAAAAAGAAAGUCGAUGAAACCUUGGGAAACGUCCACAAGAAUUCCCUCGAUGUUUGUUAAACCCGUUCCUAAUGAUGAACAUGAUCUCUCUGGUAUGCAGCAUAAAGGAGAUAAUAGCAAUAAUAACAGAAACAAUGAAUCCACUCUUAUUAUCACAAAACAAAUGAAACCUUUUCCGAUUGAGAUUCCUCAAGAUGGUAAUAUCUCGACAACGCCAACUUUUGUUAACUAUUUUUUAGAUUCGAAUUUGGAUGCAGCGCAAAAUACCAUUCCAACAGAUCAUCAAGCUCAAGGUGAAACUAUAGAACAUUCUACACUUAUUGGAGACACCGACACCUUGAUUCCUCAAUUAGGAGUAGAAUAUAACACGGAAAAUAAUGAACAUUUUAAUAUGCAGACUUCAUUCCUCGAUUUCUAUAAUUUACAGAUCAAUAGUUAUCCUCAAGACAUUAUUGACUGGAAUAAUGACAACUUUUUAUAUGAUACAACCACAAAUUCGGAAAAUAUUUAUGUCUUUCCUUCCGGUAGCUUAUCAAAUAUUAUGUAUCUUAAUAAUGAUACCGCUGUUUAUAACAAUGAUAAUAUUGAUAUUAAUCUUAAUCAACAAUGA